CGACUGCCACCAACUGUUGCCAGCCGUUGCGACCGUCACCGACCGCCACUUUCAACCGACCACCACUUUCAACCAACCGUCACUUUCAACCGACCGCUGCAGGGCAAUUGUACUGUAGUUUAUAGCGGCCUACUGUCCUCCUGAGUCCUGAGGAACCCUAUCACUGGAUUCAUCGUCGUCAGAAGUUAUGCGGAAAUUCAAGCGUAAAGUGAUCAACAAACUGUACGGUCGUUCAAGCUCAGAAGCAAGUGGGAGUGAGGAGGAUGUGGACAUUUCUUCUGCAGUCUCUGGUAGCGAGUCGUCGCCUCUAUCAGGUCUGAGAGAAGAAAGCCGUGCUCAACAAGUUAGGAUAUAUGGCCCUCAGUGCUGCCCAAAAGACUUUAAUCAAAGAGGUGACACUGGAUCCCAAACAGGGGUGUUGUCCUCUGGUGUUGAAGAAUCCUCAGCUGGUCUUGGCGAUGAUGAAGCUUCCGAAAGUGACUCGACCCGGCGGCGUCGCAAACGCCGACACCACGGUUCUCGAGUGCCGAACACAAACCAAGAUCAAGAGCAGACAACUUCCUCCAACUCCACAAGGCCCCCGAACGAACCCGAGGCCGGCCCGUCACAAGUACAAACGUCGCUUACCAAAAAUCAGAAAAGGAAAUUGAAAAAGAAGCGGAGAGAGAAAGAAAAGAAAGAGGCAAGACAGGACAGCACUUCUGAAUUUACAUUUGAUGAUUUGUCACAGAAUAACUCUUCGGGUCGUAACGAAAGAUCAUGUUCGUCUGAAGAAAGUCCAGACUUAAAAAGUUCUGUUUGUGAGUUUCUGCAAGCAGUUUGGGAGGUCUACUGUUUAGAAGAACACCAGACUGACUGUCCAGGACCAGACACGGCGCACCUGAAGGCUGUAGAGGAAUAUCUAGGUCAAGAUGACCCAGAAUCUAAAGAAGAAGCGUCACUCCUCCACCACGUGAUGACUUGUCUUGUGUUGCCUGGCCUGGAGCAGGCAAAAGAAAAAAUUAAAGAAUUUCAACUGAGAACUUCCAUGAACAAAGGAUGCAGUGAGUUCAUGGUGAAGAUUCUGGACUACUGGGCUGUAGAAGUCAUGAGCAGAUAAUACUGAUGUGCUUUUUGGCAGAUUCUGAAACUGAAUUUAUGAGAUUAUUAUUAUAAUUAGUAGAUCUAAUAUUCAUUAUUGAUUUGCAUGGUCUAUGUCCGUCCUGCCACCUUCUGUUGUCUGGGGGAAAAGUUGAGCUUCUUUGACUCCCCCCUUCUAGAUAGAAUAAUUUAUAUUUCACACACACACGCAGGCACACACACACACACACACACACACACACACACACACACACACAC